AUAGAUCGCGUUGGUGUUUGGCACAUUGAUCGGGACGAGAGAAUCUCAGAGGAUUGGGUAGUAGUCUAGGGUUAGGUCUUGGCAGUCAUGGCGACGCAGCAGCAAGGAGGAGCGAGCAGCGCAAAGAGGAAGCCGGUGUUCACGAAGGUGGAUCAGCUGAAGCCCGGGACGAGUGGCCAUACCCUCACCGUCAAGGUGCUGAAAUCCGAUACCACAGUCUACAAGGGCCGCGCCGCCGUCGCUGCAGGUCAACUACGUCCCACCAGGAUCGCUGAGUGCCUCAUCGGAGACGAGACCGGUACCAUCGUCUUCACGGCUCGCAACGAGCAAGUUGAUACGAUGAAGCCAGGCACCACAGUCAUUCUCCGCAACGCAAAGAUCGACAUGUUUAAAGGCUCAAUGAGGCUAGCUGUCGACAAAUGGGGGCGCAUUGAGGCGACUGAGCUUGCUGAUUUCACAGUGAAAGAGGACAACAAUCUGUCUCUGAUCGAGUAUGAGUUAGUAAACGUGGCCACAGAGUGACAACUUUACCUCAGAGAUCAAUCCCAGUUGGUGCAGAAAAUGAUCCUGGUGUUGAAGUUCCAAGCAGAUGAACUUGAGGGCGUUCACCACCUGGUAGGAAUCCAAAUGAAUUUAGCCCACUGCCUCUUUUAAAUUUUAGUUGAUGUUUUAUGACGCACCGAUAGAUUCUGAAAUAAACAAAAUUUUGUACUAGAUCUUCCCAUCAA